GAAGGGAAGCAGCACACAUGACCUGCCGUCAUGCCUCAGCAGCGUAUCCAUUUGAAGAUGCAAGUCAGGUGCUUUGUCGCUGUGUUGGGUUGACCUUGGCCAACUGCAAGACUUCCACCCACAUGCACUGACUCUCCUCCUCAACAGGAAGGCAGAAGAAGUGGCACCUGAAGACAUGUUAGCCAAGAGAAAAAAUCAUCUGCAAUGACUAGGUGGAUUAUGCCUCCUAUCAAGCUGUUCACUGAUGACUCCUGCGCUGGACUGCUGGGGGGGAGCGCAGCCCCUGUCACAGCCCAGAGCUGUGUCUGAGGAAGCAGAGGACCAGCCAGCAGAAAGGAGGGAGGCAGGAAGGCCUGGCAUCUCUGGACCACCUCGUGCCCAUGAGUGCCCCUUGCUGGCCCAGCCCAGAAGCAGUAGCCUUGCAGAGAUCUCUCAGCCCUGCUUGCAUCCCAGGAAGGAGCCAACGCCUCCCUGCUGCUGGCCACCCCAAACCAGGGACCAAAAGCACAAGGCUUUUCUCAGGCAUCAGGAAUGUCUUCUGAGCCCACUUCAUCUGCUUCGCAGCAGUCCCCCACCUCUUCACCCUCACCUGGUUCUCUCCAUCUGCCUGAAACCCGCAGGGCAAGAGACCGCUCCCCAUCGCCCAUGAGAGGGUACCUCAUUCCCAGCCCGCUGCCCACCCGACGGACCAGGACCUUCUCAGCAACCGUGAGAGCAUCGGAGGGUCCUAUCUACAAAGGUGUCUGUAAAUGCUUCUGUCGCUCCAAAGGCCAUGGAUUUAUUACCCCUGCAGAUGGAGGGCCCGACAUCUUUGUACACAUCUCUGACAUCGAAGGCGAGUAUGUUCCCGUGGCAGGCGAUGAGGUCACCUAUAAGAUGUGCACCAUCCCUCCGAAGAACGAGAAGCUGCAGGCAGUGGAGGUGGUGAUCACCCACUUGGCUCCUGGAACCAAGCACGAGACCUGGUCGGGGCACGUCGUCAGCUCCUGAGGUGCCCCAGAGGGAGCACAGUCACUGCUCAACACCUGGCUGCAGUGGACCUGUGCUAAGAAUGCCUUGUGUGUUGUGCAGGGGGAAAUACUGCCUUGUCAAUAAAGCAGAAGCAGGCCAGAAUUAGUGGUGUUACAGCUGAAAAACAAAACAAAAGGCAACUCAAAUGCUAAUGAAAACAAAAUUUAGCGCAAUGUGUUUACAAAACUGUAUUUUAAAGAGAGCUGGUGUGUGCAUGGUGGAGGAGGGGGAAGCUUGGGGUUUCUCUUUUAUCUCUGAGCUGGUGCCAGGAAAUGCCUAGGGGACUGGAGGAGAGGUUUUGGGGAGAGCUUUGGGCACAGCAAAGGCACCACUCUGAGUCCCUAAAGGUGUGUGAGCACUGUGUUCCCUCUUCUGUAAGGCUUGGAGUACACUUCCUGCAGGGACAGUGCCUGCACACCUUGGCUUGGGCAAGGGAAAGGUGUUCACUGCUGCCACUGCUUUGCCUUAUGGGAGGAAGCUCAUGAAAGCAGCUACAGCAGGAUGGGAAUUUUCCCUCUGGUGGCUACGCUCCCAUGUCCCCGGCUGGGUGCCCUUUGGGUGCUCCCUUUGCAAAUGGCAUACCUGUAUGAGUGGAAUAUUGUGGUUUUAAAGCCUGGAUUGUUUGUGAAUUGAUUUAGGUGCCUUGAUGGUUGAUCAGCAACAGAUUUUAUAGGCCAGUAUUAAAAAAAAAAGACAAAAAAAAUCAACCCAAAAUUCGAAAAUUUUGUUUCAAGGUAAGUGGUAGCAAACUGUAAACUAGUGGGUGCUUCACAGCCUUUGUGUCUGUAUUUAGACAAAGCUGAAGAUUACCUUCUUGAUGGCAUAUAGUUGAAUGUCUGCCCCAGCAUUGCUCUGGGCAGGCAGGGUAACCAUACCUCUGGAAAGCAAGUUGUAUGCUGUUCAGUAUCACAGUGUAUGCUGUUCAGGUGCAAGUGUGUAAACUGCUGUGCGAGUUCCUGAACAGGCUCAGCUGCAUGUCUGGGUGAAGCAGAUUCUGCAGCUGCUCUGUGGAGCAGCUCAGUAGGAUGGGAUAUGGUCACCUGUGCCCUGACUCUUCUCUGCCUGCAAGAUUUCAUGUAGUUGUAGUGCAACUUAGGUCUGUCCCCGUUUGCCUUCCACAUUUUUUAUUUUCCAAAUGAAGCAUUUUUCUCUGUUAUGUUCCUAACAGUGGAUUUUUAUUGACUUUGCAAAUAAAGAAAUAGAAAAGAUGGCAUCACGCUCUCCUGUUAGUUGUGUGACAGGGUAACUCCAGCUGCCUGGUGCCGUUUUAGCAGCCACUUGCUGUCAUGAAAUGUCUUAAGACAUUUAAGGUGCCUGGAGACAUCUCCAUGUGUCUGAAGGUUAGUAACUACUGUGAUGGUGGUUCUGCAGUGGCUGUACCUGCAUUACACUGUAGUGUGAAAUAAUGACCCACCUGCAGUAGGGUUUGGGAGUUCUGUUUGGUUUUUUAUUAACCAUAAAACUUAGUAGUGGUGGAUUUAACACUGUUCAGCUUGUUGGAGUAACACAGGCUGCUUCCUUUACAAUAAAUGUGACCAUUGUAAUGCUUUCA